AUGAAACCUCGCGGCGGUGAUGAUUUCGAAGAGCCAGAGCAUACAAGGAAACUUUUUAUUGGAGGUUUAGAUUAUCGGACAACUGAUACUUCAUUAAAGGAAUUCUACGAACAAUGGGGUGAAAUUGUUGAUGUUGUUGUCAUGAAAGAUCCCCAAACAAAGAGGUCAAGGGGUUUCGGUUUUAUCACAUAUUCGCAAGCUCACAUGGUAGAUGAUGCUCAGAAAAACAGACCCCAUAAAAUUGAUGGCAGAGUUGUUGAACCCAAACGUGCAGUUCCCAGAGAAGAAAUUGCUAGGCCUGAUGCUAGUGCUACAGUAAAAAAACUUUUUGUAGGAGGUCUAAGGCAAGAUAUAGAAGAAGAAGAUUUGAAGGAGUACUUCAGCUCAUAUGGAGAAGUUCAAUCUGUUAUUCUUGUGACAGAGAAAGAAACUGGAAAGAAACGAGGAUUUGGUUUUGUGGAGUUUGAUGAUUAUGACCCUGUUGAUAGAGUAUGCUUGCAACAGAACCACAAGGUUAAGGGGCACAGAUUAGAUGUGAAGAAAGCUCUAUCGAAGUCUGAGAUAGGGGGCGGCGGUGGCGGCGGUGGUGGUGGUGGGGGUGGGGGGAGUAGGCGAGGCGGUCGUGGCGGUGGCUGGGGUGGAAGGCAGGGAGGACAGGACUGGAACUCUGGUGAGGACGUUGAUUAUGGUUAUAACCAAGGCGGUUGGAAUAACCAGAAUCCUUGGGAUAACUCAGGCGGUGGCUGGAGCCAGGGUUAUGAAAACCAGGGUUGGGGCCAAGGUCCUGAUAACUUCGGAAGUAGUUAUCAACAGAACUUUGGAGGUGGACCAAUGAGGCCCAACUUCAAUGCCCAGAGGCAACAGCCAUAUGGCGGUGGUGGUUACAGCACAGGUGGUGGCGGCGGCGGCGGCGGUGGUAACUUCAGUAAUGCCUCAAGUGGUGGUAAUCAACGUCGGUUCUAA